GAACAGGAUUUGUACCUGCCUGGACGAGCACGAGGUCGCCAGUCUCCAGUCUCCACGCUGCCCUUCUCUUCCCCACUCGCCAGUCGCCACCGCGCACCUUGGAUCGAUCGUUCGUUCGUUCAUUCCAGGAGUAAAAUACUAAAAUGGCGAUGGCGGCGGCGAGGAGAGCGCUCCUGGCCCACCUCCGCGUGCCGGCGGUCCACCCUGCGGCGGCGGGAGGGACUAUCCCCGCGGCACGGAGGCUCCUGUCGUCGACGACGGAGGAGACGAAGGGGUCGUUCCUCGACAAGGGCGAGGUCGCCGACCGCGUCCUCUCCGUCGUCAAGAACUUCCAGAAGGUCGAACCCUCAAAGGUGACACCUACUGCCCAUUUCCAGAAGGACCUUGGACUCGAUAGCUUGGACACUGUCGAGGUUGUGAUGGCGUUUGAGGAAGAAUUUUCCUUUGAGAUCCCUGACAAUGAAGCAGAGAAGAUUGACUCCAUCAAGACAGCUGUUGACUUCAUCGCCUCACAUCCUCAAGCAAAAUAAGAGGAUUUCCUUUUUCUUAUUUCAACGUGCGUUUGCAUCCAGAACCUGUAUGCCACAUGGGACCAGUUUUCUGUAGCUUGCCUCAGUAGAUAGGAAGUCAUUUCUUUAUCUUUCUGAAUCUGUUGGAAUAAAACGUGUACCAAACGAUUUUUUGUGUUCUUGUGCCCCCAUGUGAUGCGUGUGAACUGUGGAACACACGGUGCAUGGAAACCCUCAUUAGUAAACUAAUACAGAGGUCCAUUUGGGAUUUCUUCGAAAGGGUGAAGUACAUUUUCAA